CCCCACAAACAUUUCACUUCUUUCUCCCUCAAUUUAUCCGCUCUAGUCUCGUUCUAAGUAUGCUCUGUGGUUGCGGCUAAGUCCGAUCUUCCACAUCAGAAAGAAUUACUAGAGUUUGACCCUAAAGCCCCCGUCCCGCUAAGUUCCCGUCCCUUACAAAGCUAAACCCGUCGAACCUCUGUUCGGCUUCCGCCAAUAAUGGACGAAGAGGCUCUUCGUGUAGGUUUUUGGUUUGUGAUUUUUUUUAAUCGAAACAAUUUGAUUUAUUUUUUAUCAAAACAAUUUCUGAUUAUAUUACUUUUUUUAUAGAUGGGUGCCGAGAUAUACGAUCCUCGAUUGUAUAUCCAUUAUGGCCCAAGGGAUGCGAGUCUCUUAACCGAUCAAAAUGCAUCGCUCCCGUGCCAUUUGGGAUAACAAUCCGGUAAUUUGAUGAACUGACUUGCUUUAUUUUAUUAUUUUCUAAUGUUUUAUUUUGCUUUAUUUAAUCUAAUUAAUUGAUGUUUUUCCUAUUUUUUUUAGGAAUCUCUUGUUCCCGUGGUUCAUAAAGGGACCAAUAACUUGCCCACUUGGCAUCCAAGGUUGGAGCCCUAUAUAGCGAGGACCGGUUUGGGAAUGUUGCGCCAUUUCUUGCGGAUCGAGAUCGACAACGAGCUGCUUACGGCAAUGGCGGAACGAUGGCGUCCCGAAACCCAUACAUUCCACCUUCCGGAGGGGGAAAUGACGAUUACCCUCAAAGACGUGGCGAUCCUCACCGGGCUUCCUAUAUAUGGAGAUGCCAUCAUUGGUUCCACGACCAAACCCGGAGGAGGUUGGGGGCCGCUCAUCCGUGAUCGUUUGGGCUUCGACAUGCCGACCACCACACCAAAUCAAGGACGGGGGCAUCCACCGUUGAAUGCGGGGCAAGUGUCGGUCCCGUGGCUGGUAUCUCACAUCCAGCAAGAGGUGGAAAUCAAUGACGAGACACCGGAAGAACAAGUCGAGCGCUACGCCCGCAUCUACCUCAUCGGUUUGGUGGGUGGAUUUUUGUUCCCCGACAAGUCCAACCGGUGGAUUCAAGGCAUAUGGUUGCCAUUGCUCACCGGUGACUGGGAUGCAAUUGGAGAGAAGAGUUGGGGAUCGGCCGUGCUAGCGGGCGUAUACCGGGAGCUGUGUACUUGCUCGAGGGUUGGGGCAAAGCAAGCUGGUGCUGCGAUGUUCAUCGUUCAACUGUGGGUAUGGGAGCAUCUUCCAAUGUUCGCACCUCUCGACCCACGUCCAUACCGGAGAAACGAUGAUGAGCUCAACCUUCUGCAAAAUCUCCCCUACGGUGUCAAGUAAGUUUAUUCCGUACUUAGCCUAAUUUAAAUUUUAUUACAUGCUUGAACCACCACCCUCCCCGUAACCUCCUGUAUAACCACCGCCUUGGUAGUUGCUCGAACUACCACCCCAUUCGUACCCUCCUGCAAAACCAUCAUCAUAAGAAUACUGGUGAGAAUGAGAUUCACCGAGCGCCUCGGUCUCAACAUACACCUCUGCAAGCCGGACUUGGUUAUCGCUUAGGAACUGUAACAUCAUCAUAACCGCGUCAUCAUCGUUUAUGACAACUUCUUGGAACACGACCCCGCCAGCACUCAUGUCUGGAUACCGGUAAGUAAUUUUGCCAAGUCUCGUCUGUCCGCUCGUACAAACCCUUUCUGCACAAAGAUCAUAGAGUUCUUGAAAAUUGAAUCGGGAUUCAAUUUUCAGCAUAAUGGAUUCGCCGUCCUCAUAAUCAAUGCCUAUGUCAGAGUUUGUCACCCUUCCAUUCCACCGAAUAGUAAGAUGAAACUUCUUGAAUUUACCCAUAUCUACAAUUUACAAUAAGUAUCUAUUAGCUUAAAGACAGUAAAAUUAACCAAAAUCAUAUUGUACAACUAAUAUUAAAUCAUACCAUAACUAACGAAAAUAAAUUCAACUAACUAACAACAACAUAAUACGAAAAUUAAAUCAUACUAUAACUAACGAACAUAAGUUCAACUAACUAACAACAACAUAAUACGAAAAUUAAAUCAUACUAUAACUAACGAACAUAAGUUCAACUAACUAACAACAACAUAAUACGAAAAUUAAAUCAUACUAUAACUACUAAAAACAUAAUUAGACCAUAAUACGAAAAGUCUCAACAUACCGAAAAAUUUAUGUUCUGUGUAUUAUGCUCGAUUUUGGCUGCUGAAAUUUGAAGAAAGGGGAGUGGUUAUGUUUUUACAACUGCGGGUGGUGUGCUAUUUAUAGGAAAAUCUGCCUACUAUUCACCGUUUUUGUCAAAAACGGUGAACACUAUCACCGCGUUUGUCUCAGACGGUGAAUAGGUGGUAGCUGCGACCUAAUUUUGAUCUACCAGGGGUGGGAAACGUGGGAAAUGAUCACCGCGUUAGUUAACAACGGUGAAGGCUUCACCGUUUUUGACCAAAACGGUGAUGUGUUCACCGUUGUUAACUAACGCGGUGAAAGCUUCACCGUUUUGGUUUGAAACGGUGAAUACUUCACCGUUUUUGUUUAAAACGAUGAAGUAUUCACCGUGUUUGUCAAACGCGGUGAUGAUCUUCACCACGUUUGUCUAAAACGGUGAUGCUCAAACAUGUGUACUUUGGGAAAUUUUUUUAUAACUCAUGUAUUUUGGGAAUUUUUUUUAAGAACGUGUGUACUUUGGGAUUUUUUCCUCCAUUUUUUCGGUAUAAAGUUUUUAAUUUGGAACUUCCGACACCGCACUAAUAAUUACAAGCGACACUACUUUCAUUAUACGACAAUAGUAUUAAUGUUAUAAAGUUAUUCAUUAUAAUUAAUAAUUAACAAUAAUAAGUAAAAUCAAAUAAGCAUGCUUGUUUUAAGUAACCCACAACUAGGGAUGACAAAGGGUCAUGUUUGGAGCGGGUACCCCCAAAUCCGUGCCUUGCUCUUCCUUUUAACCUAUUGCCCGCUCUGCCCCGCGACCCGCAACGAAUCUUCUUUUUCUGACUCAGAAUGUGCCCCGCACGGGGCAGGUAAAACCCGUCCUGCACCAUUUUAAUUUACCAACUUGUAAUAUAAUCAAUGCAUCAUAUACCAGGCCUGCACCCUACCCCAUUUUAGUUCCCAACCUUUGAUUUUGCAUCAUCAUUCAUCAUGUAGCUUAACAUGUAAUAUAACAUACAAUCCAUA